GAGGCGGCGGCGGCGGCGGGGACGGCGGCCGGAGCCGGAGCCCGAGCCCGAGCCCCCUCGCACCAUGGCUGCCCAGGGCGAGCCGGGCUACCUGGCGGCGCAGUCGGACCCGGGCUCCACGAGCGAGCGCAGUACCGACUCGCCCGUGCCGGGGUCCGAGGACGACCUGGCCGGGGGCCCCUUGCCCAGCCCCGAGUGGAGCGAGGAGCGCUUCCGCGUGGACAGGAAGAAACUCGAGGCCAUGUUACAAGCUGCUGCUGAAGGAAAAGGCAAGAGUGGAGAAGACUUUUUCCAAAAGAUCAUGGAAGAGACAAACACACAGAUUGCUUGGCCGUCAAAGCUAAAAAUUGGAGCGAAAUCUAAGAAAGAUCCUCAUAUUAAGGUCUCUGGAAAGAAGGAAAAUGUUAAGGAAGCCAAGGAAAGGAUAAUGUCUGUCUUGGACACCAAAAGCAACCGAGUCACCCUGAAGAUGGAUGUUUCACACACAGAGCAUUCUCAUGUAAUUGGCAAAGGUGGGAACAAUAUUAAAAAAGUGAUGGAGGAAACAGGAUGUCACAUCCACUUUCCAGAUUCCAAUAGAAACAACCAAGCAGAAAAAAGCAACCAGGUGUCUAUUGCAGGACAGCCAGCUGGUGUGGAGUCUGCCCGAGUUAGAAUUCGGGAGCUGCUUCCCUUGGUCCUGAUGUUUGAGCUGCCCAUCGCUGGCAUUCUGCAGCCCAUUCCAGAUCCCAAUUCACCCACUCUUCAGCACAUAUCGCAAACGUACAACAUUUCAGUAUCAUUUAAGCAGCGUUCCCGCAUGUAUGGUGCUACCGUCAUUGUUCGAGGGUCCCAAAACAACUCCAGUGCAGUGAAGGAAGGAACUGCCAUGCUGUUGGAGCAUCUUGCAGGGAGCUUGGCAUCUGCCAUCCCUGUGAGUACCCAGCUAGACAUCGCCACUCAGCACCAUCUCUUUAUGAUGGGUCGAAAUGGAAGCCAUGUCAAACAGAUCAUGCAGAGAACUGGUGCUCAGAUCCACUUUCCUGACCCCAACAACCCACAGAAGAAAUCUACUGUCUACCUCCAGGGCACCAUUGAGUCAGUUUGUCUUGCAAGACAAUAUCUUAUGGGCUGUCUUCCUCUUGUGUUGAUGUUUGAUAUGAAGGAAGAGAUCGAUGUGGAACCUCAGUUCAUCGCUCAGUUGAUGGAACAGCUGGACGUCUUCAUCAGCAUCAAGCCCAAGCCAAAACAGCCGAGCAAGUCUGUGAUUGUGAAAAGCGUUGAGCGAAAUGCCUUAAAUAUGUAUGAAGCCAGGAAAUGUCUCCUCGGACUUGAAAGUAGUGGCGUUACCAUAACAACCAGCCCAUCUCCAGUCUCGUGCCCUGCCGGCUUGUCAUGUCCGGGCUUGGAUAUCUUAGCUUCUGCGGGCCUGGGACUCACUGGACUAGGUCUUCUCGGCCCGACUGCCUUAUCUGUAAACACCUCGACGACUCCAAACUCGCUCCUGAAUGCUCUGAACAGCUCUGUGAGCCCUCUGCAGAGUCCAAGUUCUGGUACUCCAAGCCCCACGCUCUGGGCUCCCCCACUUGCCAGCACUUCAAGUGCUACAGGUUUUCCGCCGCUCCCACAUCUCAUGAUUCCCUCUACCGCCCAAGCCACAUUGACCAGUAUUUUGUUGUCUGGAGUGCCCAGCUACAGCCAAACAACACCAUCUCCUCCUCCGGGCUUGACUCCUAUAGAAGUCCAUGUCAAUGGCAUGCAGUCAGAAGGCCCCCAAGGCUCUCCAGCUCUGAAUGGACAUGUGCAGUCUUCAAAGAUAAAAUAUGGUGCAAUAUCGACCUCAUCCCUUGGAGAAAAAGUGCUGACUGGAAAUCAUGGUGACCCAUCACGCCAGACGAGUACCUCUGAGCAAGUGUCGUCCAAGUCCGGUGCCCCAGAAGGUUGCAAUGAUGCUUUUGUGGAAGUGGGCAUGCCUCGAAGUCCUUCGCAUUCAGCCAGUGCCACUGAGCUCAAGCAGAUGAUGACGUCCUCCAAGGUGUCCUGUUCCAAGAGGCAGACAGUAGAAUUACUUCAAGGCACGAAGAACUCUCAUUUACACACCACUGAACGACUGCUCUCGGAUCCAGAGCUAAGUGCUUCAGAGAGUCCUCUGGCUGACAAGAAGGCUCCAGGGAGUGAACGAGCAGCUGAGCGGGCGGCAGCGGCCCAGCAGAACUCAGAGAGAGUGCGCCUCACUCCACGAUCGUCCUACAUCAACAUGCAGGCAUUUGACUAUGAACAGAAGAAGCUGCUAGCAACCAAAGCAAUGCUGAAAAAGCCGGUGGUGACAGAAGUGAGGACACCAACCAACACGUGGAGCGGCCUGGGGUUCUCCAAGUCCAUGCCGGCUGAAACCAUCAAGGAGCUCAGGAGGGCCAACCACGUCUCCUACAAGCCCACGAUGAGGACCACCUAUGAGGGGUCGUCAAUGUCUCUCUCACGGUCUAACAGUCGUGAACACCUGGGAAGUGGAAGUGAAUCUGAGAACUGGAGAGACCGGAACGGAAUUGGUCCUACUGCUCACAAUGAAUUUGCGCCUUCUCUGGGGAGCCCGAAACGCAAGCAAAACAAAUCAACCGAACACUAUCUCAGCAGCAGCAAUUACAUGGACUGUAUUUCCUCGCUGACUGGAAGCAAUGGCUGUAGCUUGAACAGCUCCCUCAAGGGGUCUGACCUCCCUGAGCUCUUCAGCAAGCUUGGACUGGGUAAAUACACCGACGUGUUCCAGCAGCAGGAGAUUGAUCUUCAGACAUUCCUCACCCUUACGGAUCAGGACUUAAAGGAGCUGGGAAUUACAACUUUUGGGGCCAGAAGGAAAAUGCUGCUCGCCAUUUCAGAACUGAACAAAAACCGACGAAAACUUUUUGAACCACCUAACGCGCGUGCCUCUUCUCUGGAUGGAGGAGCCAGUGGGAGACUGCCGCGUCAGUAUCAUUCGGACAUUGCUAGUGUCAGCGGCCGCUGGUAGCGCUCAGCCCUUGGCUUUCUCACACAGAUAACUCUAGAGUUGGACACAGGAAUCCUGUGACCGACCAGCUGUCACUGCACACCACCCUCAGCACUUUGGCAUUGGGGACCAGGACCAAAGCAUUUUGCCUGCACAUGUACUUGGUGCCAAAAAAAGAAAAGAAACAUUUGUCUGUAGUCUUUCAGAACACCAAAAUGUGGAUUUCUUUUUCUUAUAUAGAAUCGACAGAAUUUGCAAUAAUAAUAAUAAUAAUAAUGAUAAUAAUGAGGGGUUUAGUUUUUUUUAUUUCCUAUAAAAUGUAUGCACUGAAUUUUUACUUUGAAUGAAGGAUUAAGAAUUGACAUCCGAGAUGCCAGAGAGCGUAGAUUUUUUUUGUGUGUGUGUUUUGUUUGGGGGUGGGUUUUUGGAUUUGGGUUUUUUUCUUUUGUUGUUUGGGUUUUUUUUUUUUAUCAAGUUGGAAUUUUCUGGUACUGCUUAAAAAUAAUUAUUGAGGUCUUUCAGCACUUUACAUGUCCUGAUUUCUUGUCCUGUGGAAAUUAUUUUUUUCUCCCUCCCAUUUUUUCAUAUCAACUCAUAUUGGCCCAAAUCAAAUUUAGCCAUGUGUUCCUACUAGAUAAAAUUUCUCCCCCUGAUGGUACAAGAUUAUAAUCUAUAUGAAUAUUGUCCUAUAACUUCAUGGUAGGUGAGGGAGGGGGGAGGAGGAAUGUGAUAUAAAAAGUUCACUUGGUUCUGGACCAAUUCUGUCCAUUUAGGUUUUGCAUCCUAGAAACCUUUAGCCCUGAAAUUCGCUCAUCUGUAAUCAGUGUGAUGAAAGACCAAAAUGAAUCUUGCAAUAUUAAUCCUUUGCAGUCAACAUAUUUAACUGCUGCCUGUAUUGCCAAAAAGAAAUGAUUUUAAUGGUUGUCUGAAGGCUAAGGGCUAUUUUUUAGUAUACUGCCACUAAAGGACAUUUAUUUAUAUCAGACUUUUAUUUUUAGGUACUAUAAGCAUUAGCAUACAUAACAGAGGAAAUUGAGACCUGCUAAAGCAUAUGGUAGAGAAUGAAUGGCAUUCAUGAGACUGGAGCUCAAAUCCAACCCUGUUUAAACAGAUACCUAAUCAUAGUUGACAAGACAGCACCAAUGCUGUGAUGAUGGGAAGCAGCUGCCACUGCUGAUUCCAUAGGCCACUGGGAGGCAUUGGACAAGUACAGGAGGUAUCCCCAUCACAUGCAUUGUUUGGCUGCGAUUCAUCUGGGGCAGGGGAAGUUGGACAUCUUCAGAUGUGCCCUUUCCAACCAUGGCUAGGCUCGAAAUACCCAAGGCCACAAUGUCCAUGGUCAGAGCUCCUGAUUACAUUCUGAUACUGUGAAAGUCCACAGAACCUGGCGAUGUUGUUCCCUGUGUCUCUUUUCAGACAUCCUCUUAUAGACUUAGGAAGGGUUUACAUGGAAGAAAAAAAGUCCAAAUGUGCCUGCCUCUCUCUUCUCUCUCUCUCUCUCUCUCUCUCUCUCUCUCUCUCUCUCUCUCUCUCACUCUCUUUCUCUCCCCAGUCAGGUUCCAAGUGCAUUAAAUUUGUAGAAAUACUUUCCCAUAGGAAAUCUUGGGAUUCACCUGUACUGUAAAGCCUUAUUUAUGGUCAGUAUUCAGAACUUUAAAAAUGGACACAAACCACUGUCAAGUGCUCUAAGCAGAAGCCAUUAAGAUAAGCAUUUACAGUAGUUGAGUUUAUUGUGUGGUUUUUUAAAAAUGGAAACAUGGGAUGAGAAAUACUUUCUUGACACUUUUUCAUGGAGAAAUCCUACUUUUAAGGAAAGGAAAGAAAAUUGAGGAGAAAAUUUGCACACACACACAGAAAAAUUUUCACGUUAAAAAAUAAAGGUGGCCAUAUUGAAGGCAUAGAUAAAAAGGUAAUCAUGGAAUAAUCAGUAAUAAUUGCAAAUGAGAGACUGCUUACCCGGGGAUGGGGCCAAAUCUUUUUCAUGAUGUGGGAUUGGAAUGCCUUUUCCUCCAAAUAGAUCUGAUUCUGGUCAUUUCUUCUGCUUUAUUCAUUUAAACCUGUCAUGCUCAAUUAUCUGCCCCAGGUAGUGAAUCCCAGUUGAGAUUUAGAUUUAGCUGAGUUAGUAUCUUGAAUUCUGCCAUUCUCCUUGAACAAGACCUCCCUAGUUGGGAAAUAAGUUGUUUCUUUUGUGAGAUCAACACAAGGCGUUGCAGCUAGAGAAAGAAGGUAAAAUGUGUCUGGUAUUCAGUAGAUUGUGUGGCUUGAGAUUAAGGCUUGGCUAGUUAUACCAAAGUGAAGGAUACCCCAGGACCCCUCCAGUAGUCAACAGAGGUGCAAAACCCAAUCACCCAACCAGCAACAAAAAACACUGGAAAUGAAUUUUUCUCACUUCUUUUGGAUUCCACGAAGGGAAUAUAAUGCUGCCUUGGGCAGUGUGGUCAGUGUUACGUGAUGCACAAAACAUUGGAAUUGAUAGAUUCAAAUGUUAGUUUUAAAUCUGUGCCUUAAUAGUGACCAGUUAUCUGUAAAUAUGGAGCAGAUACAGACUGUAUUUUUUGUGUGGGUUUUGUCCUUUUACUGAUUUUUUUUAAAGAAGAAAGAUGGAAUUAAAUGUUAAAAAUGGAAAAUUUUCAAAACUAAUCAAUUGUUACAUGAGAAAUAAAUUGAUAUAACCUCUUUGUAUUGUC